CGUUGGGGGCGGGGGCGGUGGUUGUCAGAACGAAAAACAGCGACCGCCAGGAAAUGAGUAAGCUAGAAAGUGAUCGUCGUAGUAACGCCAGCUUCGUAGCCAGAGAGGAACGAGCGUGGAGGAUGCUGAGAGAAACGGGAAGGAGCUCCGACUGAGCCCUUUGUCCGCCUAAACUUAUCCAGCAUGAAAGCCGCGUGAAAAAGUCCGGCGUAGGAAAGGAGAGAUCCGUGUUAACCGUUUAGGGUCAUACAAGAAGUUUGCAGGACGCUGAAAGUUUUUGCCAUGCCAGCAGGAAUCUUCCGGGUGUGCCUGGUGGUUAUCACGGCUAUCAUCAACCACCCCCUCCUCUUCCCAAAGGAAAAUGUCACUGUUCUUGAAAACACACAGGAAGUCAUCCAGAAGAUGAAAGAGCGGGAGGAGAACCUGAGACUGGAGCAGCUUAAACUGGAGCAGGAGAUUGCCAUGCAGGAGACCUUAACAAAGCCUUCAGUGAAGGCUGCAGAGACAGAGGAGCAAUACAAUCACAAUCCCCUCUCUUGGAAUUUCUGGACUGCUUUGUCCAUGGUGGUUUUCCUUCUGAUUGAGUUCUGGCGGCAGGACUACAAGGAAGGGACUUGGCAGAAUUAUGCCAAUGAGGAGGAUGAAAUUAGUGUCCUUGGGAAAGCGCUCAAGGGAGUCGUCCUGCCAGACAAUGCCACAUUGGCCAACUUCUAUGAAAAAUGCCUCCAGAUUGUGACCAGUGAUAUCGCCAGAAACCGAGAGCUUGUGGAAGGCUUUGCAGAUGACUUGCUGGAAGCCCUGAGAAGUGUGUGUAACCGAGAUGCAGACAUGGAAGUGGAAGAAUCCAUAGGAGUCGGGAGCAUGUAUGAGAACUGGAGAGCUCACAAGCCCUUAGCUUGUGACUUCAUUGUCCCUUUUACCCCUCCGGAGCCAUAUUGUUUCCAGUUAGAAAGCUGGUGUUUGGAAGAAACCGUCUCCCCAGACAAACAAGGUUAUGGGAUGAUAAAGAUCUUGCGGGCGGAUGAGAACUCAACAGGAUGUAUCUGUGACAAGACAAAGCUCGGGGAAGACCUGCUGUGUCUUCUUCACAGCAAAAUGAACCAAGCUAGGCAGAACCAACAUAUGGAGGACCUCCUUUGUUACAAGGACACUCGAUACCUUGAUUCUGACCAGGUUAUGACGUGGUUCCAGCUUGCUCUUACUAAGGCAUGGAACAAAAUUUCACACAAGUACGAGUUCAACCUCACUUUCAAUCUCCUGGAUGCGCCUGGGGCUCUAAAAAUCAAGUUUCGAUCUGGAAAGACCAUUACUUUCAACCUCACCCCGGUGGUACAAUAUGCUGAUUCUGAUGUAUAUUUCAUCUCCCAUUUCCCAUGCGGUAGCCUGGCAGAGGGCCCCUCUUCCAGCAUUCACUGGCUUCUCACAUUUGCAGUAUAUGAGAAGAGAUACAUCCAGUUUAUUUCCAAAACUCUGCCUGCCAACUCCUGCCACCUCAGCUGCCUCCAGAUUCUGUCCUUCCUUCAUGGAAAGCAGUGCAGUCUAACAGGAGCAAGCAGCCUUACAAACUACCACUUGAAAACAGUGAUGCUACAUUUACUACAGACGCUUCCUUGUGCAGGCUGGGCUUCUACACAGCUGCAAGCCAGACUGCAAGACAUGCUCAAAUUUUUAGAGAAAAGCUUGCAGGAAAAGAGGCUUUACCACUUUUUUGUUGGGAACAGGAACAUGCCAGAGGAACUGGGUAUCCCCAUAGAGUUCCAAAAGGCAGAACCUCUGAACCUUUUCCGCCUCUUUGUAUUGCAACGAGGCGCUUACAGAAAGACUAUGGACACGUUUCAUGAGAUGCUAAAGAACACAGCAGCUUUAAUAAAUGAAUAUGCCAUGCAUGUUCCCAAUGGACGAGUGACCUCACUGCAUAAAGAACACCUGUAGCCAAACCUCUGGGAAUUAAAAUAUGAACAGAUCUCCCCCAUUGGGAGCAAACUGCUUUAUAUGCUCACAUAACUCCAAAGAUUGGUAGAAUGGAGAUACUUUUCUCAUUUUCUUCCCAAUGUUGUUGGCUGAUAUUUAUGCAGCUCUUAAUGUUUAAACUGUUGUGUAUAAAGUUUGUUGUAAAUAGUUUAAGCAAAAGAGGUAUCUAAUUUAUUCCUAUAUCGACAUUACAGACCUUGGGAUUUGGUA